ACAAGCCAAGUUCUUUAAUAUUGCGAAAAUGUCACAAGUGCGCAGUAGACUAUCAGCAUUAAUUCAGUCGCAAAAAGCGACUCUCUCACUCAGCAAUCAGAAGCGCUGGCAAACCAAUGUGGCCACAGCUGAGGUCAGGGGCGAUUCCGAAUGGCUGCAGGCCAAGCCAUUCGAGGAGAUCCCCCGCAUCAAUAUGAUGUCUUUGAUAAUGAAAAUGUCCUUGCCCGGUGGCAAAUACAAGAAUAUGGAGUUGAUGGACAUUUUCAAGAGCAUGAGACGGGAUUAUGGGGACAUAUUCUUCAUGCCCGGCACGAUGGGAAGUCCCGCCUACCUGAGUACCCACAAUCCGGAGGACUUUGAGGUGGUCUUUCGCAACGAGGGCGUGUGGCCCCAUCGUCCCGGAAACGAUGUCCUGCGCUAUCAUCGUGAGGUGCAUCAGAAGGAAUUCUACGACGGCGUCAUAGGUAUCAUUCCCUCGCAGGACAAGUCCUGGGGAGAAUUCCGCACCACUGUGAAUCCGGUGCUCAUGCAACCCAAGAAUGUAAGGCUGUAUUACAAGAAGAUGUCUCAAGUUAAUAAGGAGUUUGUGCAACGUAUAAGGGAAACUAGAGAUCCCAAUACAUUGGAGGUACCCGAUGAUUUCGUAGACACCAUCAAUCGCUGGACCCUCGAGUCCGUGUCUGUGGUGGCCCUGGACAAGCAGCUGGGAUUGCUGAAGGAUGUGAACAAGGAGAGUGAAGCCCUCAGGCUUUUCCAUUACCUGGAUGAAUUCUUUAUAGUUGCCGCUGAUCUCGAGAUGAAGCCCUCGCCUUGGCGGUACAUCAGGACACCAAAGUUCAAGCGUUUAAUGACCGCCCUCGAUGGCAUCCAGGAAGUGACAUCGGCCUAUGUAGAGGAGGCGAUCGUGCGCCUGGAGAAGGAGGCCAAGGAGGGAGUUGUGCGUCCGGAAAGUGAACAAAGUGUCCUGGAGAAGCUCCUAAAGGUAAACAAGAAGGUGGCCACCGUAAUGGCCAUGGAUAUGCUGAUGGCUGGAGUGGAUACGACCUCAAGUACCUUUGCUGCCCUGAUGCUGUGCCUCGCUGAAAAUCCCGAGAAACAGGAGAAGCUGCGGGAGGAAGUGAUGCAGGUGCUGCCCAACAAGGAUUCAGAGUUCACCGAGGCCUCAAUGAAGAAUGUCCCAUAUCUUCGUGCCUGCAUCAAGGAGUCCCAGCGUGUCCGCCCCUUGAUCGUUGGUAAUGCCCGUGUCCUUGCCAAGGACUCCGUUCUCAGUGGCUAUCAAGUGCCCGCCGGCACCUAUAUAUCCAUUGUUCCUCUGCACCCGCUCACCGACGAAAAGUACUUCCCACAAGCUUCCGAAUUCCUGCCGGAGCGCUGGAUACGCACCCCCAAAGAUGCUCAGUCCAAGUGCCCGGCUAAUGAGCUAAAGUCCAAGAAUCCAUUCGUUUUUCUGCCCUUCGGAUUCGGACCCAGGAUGUGCGUGGGCAAGCGCAUUGUGGAAAUGGAACUAGAGCUGGGCAUUGCCCGAAUCAUUCGCAACUUCAAGGUGGAGUUCAAUUAUCCCACAGAGAAUGCUUUCAAGUCCGCACUGAUCAAUCUUCCCAACAUACCGCUAAAGUUUAAGUUCACCGAUUUGCCAAAUUAAUUACUUGGUCUAUAAAAUAAUACGAUUUAAAGGUCAGUGUAAAGUCCGAGUCGAGUAAUUAUAAAGAUAAAGCAAUAUAUAUGUGA